AUGCAGAGAUCUGUCCAGAAACUCAUCGUUUGGCUGGGCGCCAUCUUCGUCGCAUACCAUGUCUUCUCACUUUUCUUCUCAGGACGUGCCUCGCGAAAUGGCUACUCAAAGGCAGCUUCACAGGAGUCAUCCGCUAAGCUAAAAGGUGACCCGCAAAGAGCCGCAAGAAUUGUCGAGGCGUUUCGGUUUUCGUGGGAUAAGUACGAGCAAUUUGCUGCGCCUCAUGAUACGUUAUUGCCGAUCAGCAAGACAUAUGAGGAUGAUCGAAAUGGCUGGGGAGCGACAGCAGUUGAUGGCUUGAGCACGGCUAUCAUCAUGGAGGACGCAGAGAUCGUGGAUAAGAUCCUACGACAGAUCAUGCUCACAGAUUUCACUGCAACUAUUGUACCUGAUCAACCGAUCUCACUUUUCGAAACGACUAUUCGCUAUCUUGGGGGUCUUUUAUCCGCUUAUGACCUGCUGUCUGGGUCAUAUAAGCAUCUGGCCACGGACAUCUAUCUAAGGAACAACUUGCUUAAAACAGCUGUUAUCCUCGCCGACAGACUCAGCAUUGCAUUUGAUACGCCGUCCGGUAUUCCAGACGAUGAGAUCAUUUUUAAUCCUACGCUCCGCCGCUUCGGCAACAUUGACAACUCUAUCACCUGCUUUGGCACACUUGUUCUCGAAUGGACUCGAUUAAGUGAUUUGACUGGCAACCAGACCUAUGCGAAGCUUGCGCAGAGAGCCCAGGAUCAUUUAAUUCAUCCCAAGACGAAGCAAAGUUUUACACUUCCAGGUCUCAUCGGAACAUAUGUCAAGCUCAAGGAUGGAUAUUUUGGAGACUACCAAGCUGGCUGGGGCGGUGGCUCCGAUAGCUACUACGAGUAUCUUAUCAAGAUGUAUGCAUACGAUCCAGUCGCUUUUGCUGAGUAUGGAGAGAGCUGGAUCAAGGCAGCUGAGUCGUCGAUGCUGUAUCUGGCUUCUUCACCGUCGACUAGGCCCGACCUGACGUUCCUGGGGGAGAUGCGCGGUGAUACCAUGAUUCCCAUCUCUAGUCACUUGGCAAGCGUUUGCGGCGGCUCGCUGAUCCUGGGCGGGCUUCUUCUGCAGAACCAAACCUUUGUUGACUUUGGCGUCAAACUCUCAGAGUCAUACUAUGAAGUCUACCGUCAAAGUCCAAGCGGUAUCGGUCCCGAGCUCUUUCGCUGGGUCGAUGACGGUCGCCAACCCCUCGCAAAAGCAUCAUCCAAACGUCUCCCCGCUCCAAAAUGGCAAUCCUUUUACGAGAAGAGCGGAUACUACCAUACCAACGCCGAAUACAUCCUCCGCCCUGAAACCAUCGAAAGUCUGUACUACGCCUAUCGCGCUACUGGAGAUCGCAAGUACCAGGAGUGGGCUUGGGAGGCGUUCGAGGCUUUGAAUAGAAUGUGUAAGGUUGAGGGAGGAUAUACGGGCUUGAAGAGUGUUAUGAAGACAAAGGAUGAUAAGACGAGGAAGUUUGUGGAUAAGAUGGAGAGCUUUUGGUUGGCGGAGACACUGAAGUAUUUGUAUUUGAUGUUUGCGGAGGAUUCGGAGUUGCAGGUUAGGAGUGAUGGGAAGAUGAAGUAUGUGCUUAACACGGAGGCUCAUCCACUGCUUGUGCGAGGCAAGUAG